AUUACACCGGCAAAAAUGUCACCAGAUCCCUCUCCCCUCCUCCUCCUCCUCCUCCACCUCUCCCUCCUCCUCCACCACACCACCGCCGCCGCCGCGACCCCCACCUCCUCCCCCACCCCCAGCCCAAAACCCCCCUCCCGCUCCUCCCCCAUUUCCCCCUCAACCCUCGACCCCAAACAGCUCCUCGCCCUCCAAUCCCUCAACAUCCCCACCUCCAAAGACCCCUGCUCUCACUCUCCCUCCAUCUCCUGCGACUCCUCCUCCCCCUUCCGCCACCUCCUCUCCCUCACCCUCGCCAACUGCUCCGAUGACGUCGCCCUCUCCCUCACCGCCCUCAAAUCCCUUUCUACCCUCACCUCCCUCUCCUUCCUCAACUGCCCCGUCUCCCCCAUCAAACUCCCCUCCGACCUCGCCUCCAAUCUCCGCUCCUUCACCGCCGUCGCCAGCCUCAACAAACUCACCGGCGUCUGGCUCAGCCGCCUCCAGAAUCUCACCUCCCUCACCGUCUCCCACGUCGCCGUCUCCGCCAGCGGCCCCACCAUCAUCCUCUCCGGCAUGAAAUCCCUUCACUCCGUCACUCUCUCAAACACAAAUCUCACCGGAAAUCUCCCCAAACACUGGCAUUCUUCAAAUCUCACAUUCCUCGAUUUAUCGGUGAAUCAGCUCAAGGGGAAAAUCCCCAAUUCACUCACCCAAUUAGAGAAUCUCCUGCAUCUGAAUCUCUCCUCAAAUUCCCUCAACGACACGAUUCCUUCCACAAUCGGCGACUUGACCUCUCUCCAGAAUCUCUCUCUUUCAUCCAAUUCUCUCUCCGGCCCGAUUCCGGAAUCCCUAGCUGCAAUGGCGGCGCUGACGCAUCUCGAUCUGAGCUCAAACCAGCUCAAUGGGACAAUCCCCAAUUUCAUCAGAGACAUGAAGAAGCUGAAGCACUUGAAUCUCGCGAGCAAUUCCUUCCACGGAGUAUUGCCUUUCAAUUCAACGUUUAUAGAGCGAUUGGAUGUGUUUAAGGUCGGUGAAAAUUCGAAUCUUUGCUACAACCACACGGUUUUGGGGUCGAAAUUGAAGCUGGGGAUUGCCGCCUGUGAUAAGCACGGGCUGCCGCUGUCGCCGCCGCCGGCGAAGGAUUCGUCGGCUGAUGACUCGAGCGAUGGGGAUUAUGAUGGUGAUGAAGAUGAGAAUGUGGGGGAGAAGAAGAAGCGUAGCAGUGGGCCGAGUAAGGUUGUUCUUGGCUUUGCAAUUGGGAUUUCUUCGAUUGUGUUCUUGAUUGUUUUCUUGGUUCUUUUAGCUAAGUGUUGUAAAUGAGUUUGAUUUUUUUUAAUGGUUGAUUAGGUAGGGGAUUAUUGAUUUAUUGUGACAUUAAAAUUCAUUUCAUUGAGUUUGUUUGAUUUAUUUGGUGCAAGAAUUUCGAGAAAGAGAAAGGGGUGAAAUGAAAGGAUGAUUAAUUUUUUUUG